UUGGUUGUAAUAUGACGAAUUGUUAUUUUUUUGGUUUAUUUCUGAUUGCUGUAGUGAUGGGACUGAAAGUGAUACCACAAAGAGUUGAAGUGAUAAAGACGAAUUCAAAAUAUCUGAAAAACUUCAGCGCGUACGUUCGUAGACACAGCAAAGAUUCCAUUUACUACAUAGACAUAUCGGGGGAGAGUUUGUGUAUCAUGGAUAACAAUAUCACGAUGUCAAUAGAUUUUUUCGAAGUGCUGAGUGGCCGGUUCGUGCCCCUGCCGUUCCGUCUCGAGUUCAAACUGUGCGAUUUCCUUUUAAAAGAUCUGUUUCUAGGACAAUCUGUCAGGAAGCAACUUGGAGAAAAUAUGACGUGUCCAUUGAAAGUAGGGAAAUAUGAACAUAACAGUUUGUCUUUCGACGAAAUGGACUUCCCCUUCGACAUUCCCUUCACUUACCAGGGUUAUGAGACCAUGGGCUGUCUCCACUACAAAUGGUUCGUCACAGAUACUAAAGACAUUGUAUUGUUUCUGAGAUUCCACUAUAAAAUCAUACAGAAACCGAGGAAUAAGUCUUAA